UGUCAAGCAAUCAAGGUGCACCUGGUAUAACUUCCCCGCGCGCUAGAGAAAAAGUUUUUAUCACACCAGAUGAACUGAAGGCUGUUUCAGGAUUGUGGAUGUGUCUUCAAAAACGCAGGAUUAUUGUCUGACAACCUGUGAAGUUAAACUCCUUUUAUUUUCGGGCCAAAGCCUUUCAGUGCCAAUGUGGAGCAUAUCGGAAGAACUAGCUAACGGGCUAUGCUCCUUGUAAAAUUGAACCAAAUGAAUUUUAAAGUUGCUAGACUAACUCUUCAAGAGACGUUUUUUCAUCGACUUUGAAAGACGGACUGAGCAAACAAAUUCUUGUUAACGCUGACUACUGUUUUCCAUCAACCGAGGCUGUGGAGGAAAGCUUGAUACCAGCAAAGGAAUCUCAAUAGCUUGACUUAACGAGGGCGACGGUGAGCUGAGUGUGUUCCCUCAACCGAUUACUAAAGGUCACCAGACGACACAUCUUCAUGUAGAUCUACAAACAUGUAGGCAGAGACUUGUCUCCUCUAAUUACCCUGCAAAUGAUGUGAUCAUUCACCACAGAGAAUCUCUGAUGACAUCUGACAAAACAAAAAGAAAAGUUUGUCAGCCCCAGCUCCAGCCUCAGCUCCAGUGUUUCUCUCAGGUCAGGCAGCCGGCAGCGUUCUGCGGAGGCACAGACGCCACAACAGAGGGCUGUUUGAGGAGUUCAUGCAAGGCAAUUUGGAGAGAGAGUGUAUUGAGGAAGUUUGUGACCUGGAAGAGGCCAGGGAGACCUUUGAGAAUGAUGAAAAGACAAUGGAGUUCUGGGCUGGAUAUGUAGAUGGCAAUCAGUGUGAGUCAAGGCCAUGUCUGAACCAGGGCUCCUGUGAAGACCGUGUUGGCACCUACACCUGCACAUGUCCGCCUGGCUUCACUGGCAGGAAAUGUGAGAUCAUUGUAGCGAAAAGAUGUGAUGUGCACAAUGGCGACUGUAAGCACUUCUGCAUGUCUAUGGGAACCUUCGGAGCAAAAUGUUCCUGUGCGACGGGAUACAGGCUGAUGGCGGAUGGGCUGAGCUGUGAACCAGAAGUUGAAUUCCCGUGUGGCAGAACGGCUCUGGCAGAGGUAAGUGCAGUAUCCGCAAGGUCUCUGUUCAGCCGUGAGAAUGCAGGCCUGCAGAGCACCACCUCACUGGCCAACAUCACCACCACCACUACAUCCAUUCCCUCAACUCCAGCCAGUACCACCGCAGCUUUCCCAACCACGACUGAUUCUGUAGAAAACCACCCGCGAAAGAGACUUCCCCUAUGGGUGCUCAGUGAGGCUGAGAUCCCCGCUGCGGUACCAAUUCGUCCUUUUAAACGCAUUGUAGGUGGCACGGAGGUCACUCCUGGAGCGAUCCCAUGGCAGGUAGGCUUGGUAGCACAAUCCACUGGUGUCUUAUUCUGUGGGGGCUCCAUUCUGGGCCAUCGUUGGGUUAUCACUGCUGCUCACUGCCUGGUGGAGACACGAGGCUCCUUCUUCAUCAGAGCGGGGGAGCAUAACGUCUACAUCAAGGAGGGCACAGAGCAGGAUCAUGAAGUGUUGGAGCAGCACUUACACCCGCGCUACAACGUCAGUGUGAGCUUGUACAACCACGACAUCGCCCUGCUUUACCUCAAAACCCCCAUCACUUUCUCCACAACUGUGCGGCCCAUCUGCAUAGGGCCCAAGGCUUUCACGGAGGCCCUGGUGAAGAACUCCUCCCCGGCUACAGUCACCGGCUGGGGCCGAACACGCUUCCUCGGAUCCACGGCAAGCACGCUACAGAAGGUCGAGGUUCCCUUCACAGAUCGGACAGAGUGUAAGGAAAGCAGCAGUGCCAGGAUCACUCCUUUCAUGUUUUGUGCAGGCUACAAUAAUGUGGACAAAGAUGCCUGUCAGGGUGACAGCGGAGGUCCUCAUGCAAACAGCAUUUAUGAUACAUGGUUCCUGACAGGCAUCGUGAGCUGGGGGGAAGAAUGUGCAAAGGAUGGGAAGUAUGGUGUGUACACCCGAGUGUCUCUUUACUACCGCUGGAUAAACCAUGUUAUGGGAUUAACUAAACACAGGCUGGCACUUGAUGUGGAAGAUCCUGAUACUUAAAUUGAAAGCAUAGAUUUAAAAAAAAUACAACUGGCUUAUAAAUGUGUUCCAUGUCAAAUAAUUUUUUUUAUUCUUUCUUUCUUUUUUUUCUACUUAAUGCUCUUUGAACUUCACAGGAUGUUCAAAAAUCGGAAGCUGUUUUGAAUCAUAUGUUGUUAAAAGAAUUUGGCGUGCAGUUCUGAUUUUGAGUUUGAAACAUUCGUGCAACCGGAGGGUCGUAGGUGACCUUUAAAAGACACUCGACUCUGACUUGGCUGAGUAGUUCCCCUUUGGAUGCCAUUGUACUGAAAGUGUGAGUGUGGCUAAAUAAAUGUAGCAGACAGAUGUGAAGCAGAUCAAUGUAAAUGCAUAAUAUUAAAUAAGAUAACACCAAAUUCA